AUGAAGCGGAACAACAGCAUGACGCGUUUACCGGAUGAGGCUCCCAUUGUUGUCGGUGAGAAGGGGUACAGUUGCGACUCCCCGCCGGCGGCGCGACCGGGCUCAGCGUCCUCCGCCUCCGCGCGGAAGCAGGGUGGGCUUCUGACGUUGCCGAUCGAUACCGCGAGCUCACAGCAGUCCUCAGGAUACACUCCUGGAAACACUCCGACACGAUCCGGCAGCAAGAAAAGUGGCUCGACCACUCCAAGCAGCGGCAACAUGAUGCGACUGCCCGACGAGCCUGCAUCGGCUGUGCCGACCCUCCAGGCUCCGGAGGCCACGACGACGGCCAGCGGAGGAGGUGGCGGAGGGAUGCAGCGCAUCCGAGAUCGACUCAGUAAGAACCUGUCUGUUGCCACGCCGGUGAAGCCACCCGAGCAACAGAAGAGCAAGAUGGAGAAGAUCUUCCGCACUCUCAAGCCUGGCGAGUCCAUAAACAACACCUACAUCUUCGAGGAGGAAAUCUACAGCGGAGGCUGCAAAGGCCGCGUGCUGGUUGCAAAAAGGAAGACCGAUGGGCAGGAGGUGGUCGUCAAGAUCCGUGCGAAGCAAGCCAACAGGGCGAAUGAACGCAACUGGCGUACAAUCAUGGCCCAGAUGCAUGGCAUCUCCACAAGCGACAACGUGCUUGGGUUCUCUGAGAUCGUAGAAGGCGAAAACGAGUUCUAUGUCAUUAUGCCCAAGUGCAACGGGGGCGAGCUGUUUGAAUUCUUGGCCAAUGAGACGGAGGUCCCAGAAGCUGAGUGCAAGCGCAUCAUCAGGGAGAUACUGGGCGCGGUAGGACACUUGCACAAGAACAACAUCAUUCACCGAGAUAUCAAGCCGGAGAACAUCAUGUUCGACUUGGACUUGAUGGUCGAAUCAUCUCCCAAGACUGUGAAGCUCAUCGACUUCGAUACUUGCCAAGAGUGGACGCCGCAGACGCCAAAGAGUCGGCGGUUUGUGGGCACGCCGGGUUACAUAGCUCCGGAGGCCUUAAUGGGGCAGCAGUCCCCGCAGUCAGACCUUUGGUCGGUGGGGGUGAUUCUCUACAUCCUCAUGACUGGUGAGAUGCCAUGGAGCUCCCUCGUCAGUCUGGAGGAUGGCCUGGUGGGCAGCCCGAGCGCGACGCAGAUGUACCGGGCCCUCAAGGCAGAGAUCCUUGAGUGGGAGCAGGAACCUUGGCCUGACUUUCCUCUGGCACGAGAUCUUUGCCAAAAGUUGCUGGCUUUCGAGCUCGAUGAUCGCAUGAAAGACUGCGAAGAGGCACUCAGCCAUGCUUGGUUGAAGGAGUGA